GACCUCGUCGCUCGACAGGAACAUACCCUUUUUUCAUGGAGAAGAAGCUAACAAUAGCAAGAAUGGAAGGCUUUUCUUGGCAUAAUCAUCCUUGAACAGGAUAGUAGUUUUCUUAAUCCAUGUGAUUCGGUUCAAGGCGUCUUGUUCUUCGCGAUAUGGGAAGUUCAGAGGGAGAGAUGAUGGUUCUCAAGAAACACAAAGAUCACUGGGCGUUUCUGGAAGAAAUUGAAGCACCCAUGUGGAUAGAUCUUACUCUUGAGGCUAAUUGCCACAGUCAAGACAAGAAUGAUGAUUGGUUCUACACAAGCCACCAGUUUCACCAAUGUUCUUCAUGCCAGUUAAAGUCUAUGUUUUCUUGUACUGGUGAGGAAACAAAGACUGCAGAGUUAGAAUUGCCUGGAGUGGCUUCUCCAAAACUUCCAUCUUCAGUUUCCAGAUCAAGAGGCAAGGACUUUAGGAGCAAAGAUUGGGAGGGGGUCACUCGUGAUGCUUCAUUAAAUAAGCAGCUUCCUGCCAAGGUUCUAAGAGGGAAGCCUUCAUGGGUGCGUUUAGGAUCUCGUGAAGAAAUAAAGCACAAACUGAGCUUUAUACAUCCCAAAGGAACUUUGUCGAAGAAAGUUUCAGUUACUGAAAGGAACUUAGAUAGAAAUCUUGCAGCUAACCAUGUCAAAACCAUAUCUACUUCUCCAGGUUAUGAAAAUGGCUCGAGUUCAUCAGAUCAGGCAGGUGUCUCAAAGACGCUGAGUACUGUUACAUUUGAGAGUAAUCAGCAACAACAGGAGAAGCCCCUGGAAGUAUCAAGUCAAGCAUUGAGUCACACAACUGGGCUCUUGCCAGCAAUCAAGAUUAGUCUUAGGAAAAGUUAUCUCACAAGACAGGCAUUGAGGGUCGAAAUUAGUAGUGAUAGGAGCUGUUCAGUGGAGGAUAUUAGUAAUGAUAGAAAGAAAUCGAAAGAUCGUAAAUCUUCUUGUUCUAGUAAAUCUAGCACUGGGUCAUCCUUAAACUCUGGUUACAAUACUAAGAGCUCAACCUUCAUGUUUAUGCAAAGCAAAGAGCCAAAUCUUGAAAGCAGAAAUUUGGCAAGGUUGACUGAAGCUGCCAAGAAUAAAGUAAAGGUUCCUAACCGGUCAAAGGCUUCUGUUGCUCCAGUAAAAGAAGGAACUCAUAAUUUUAGAAGUGCAGAUUUAUCAAAAUUUGAGAAGUCAGCCCAUCUCCAAGCAGCAAAACCGAAGGCUCGAAUUCGUGCAAGACCUUUUCUAAAACCCAGAGUUAAUGAACAAAACUUAUCUACUGGAGCUAUGAAAGCCGGGGAGAAGGUUCAAGGAAAUAGGUUCUAUCCAUUAGUUGGGACUGGAAAGGAAAAUGAAACAGGGAAAACGUCUACUACUAAGAAAGGCAAUGGUAGAGAUGAUGUCUUUAAAGGCAUGUUCAGGGGUCAGAAAACGACUAAAGAAAACAUGCUACCAGAAGGUGGCAGAGGAAGCUGAUUGGUCCGAAGGUAUGACUGAUUUUGCAUUCUUUCCGGUUUUUCUUCCUUCUCCACAAAAGCUAGAAACUGUGUAUCAACUUAUCGGCUAAGUCCUAGCAUUUGUUCUCCCUCUAGUACGUUGAAUAUAAAGAGCAUUUAAAGAACAUUCUUUGCAGCACUUUGUAGAACUUAUCUACACAUAUGCAAAUGGAAGGCAGAGAAAGCAAGAUUUUCUAUGGUGGUUGUUAAAGGUUUUUUAGGAAGUAUUGAAUUCUGUGGUAAA